UGGAAUUUUGUAAAAUCCUGGGUUUUUUUAUGGAUAAAGGCUGUUCUCAGUUUGGAUGAAUCCACUCUGUUCAGACUUGUUGAUGCUUAUCGGGCUGGAAAAUCGUCAAAACGAUACGGAGGGGGCCAGACAGGCAAAGCAGACGGUCAAGAGAACUGUGAAAAGGAAACGGAGUUUCACCCCCUCCGACUGAGUAAUCUGACGAAGGAUUUUACGACAAAGCUGGAGGCACUGAGAGUUAAGAAACUUUCCAGGUUGUUCUUAAUUUGUUGUUUUGCUAGUUUUAAGGGCACGUCGAGAGAAAACACGGACGCCAUCUGAGGGCGGGAAGGGGGCGUUUUCAGGGUUCUUUUCUCUUUUGAAAGAAGUUAGAAACGCGAUCCCCAGUGGAGUUUUGCAAGAGGACAAUGUGUAUGAGAAUAUGCAGGAAUCGCAGGAAGUCCCCAUGUCCAACCACCUUGACGAAGUCAUUGCUGCUGUCAGUGACACUGGGAAGAGGGUCCCGAACAAGCUGCUCCAGACAGCGCUGUUCCAGCCCCCUCGAGAGAAACUCCACCUGUGCGAAGAGAAAGCUAAGUCCUUCUUGAGCAACCGUGAGUACCAACAGGCCAUCCAGGAGCUUGUGCGCUGUGUGGCGCUGACAAGGAUUUGCUAUGGCAGCUCACACUGGAAACUAGCAGAGGCGUAUGUUAAUCUGGCUCAAGGCUACCUCCAGCUGAAAGGGAUGUCACUACAAGCAAAGCAGCAUGCGGAAAAGGCCAAAGAAAUCCUGGCCAUCUCCAUGGAGAGUCCCUAUCACGACAAUACAGAGGUCUUCAAGUGCUCCAUAGAGCUUUUCUACACCACGGGGAGAGCCCUGCUCGCCCUGCAAAAAUUUAAAGAAGCCGCGGAGAACUUGUUGAAAGCUGAACGACUUUCCAAGGAGAUGCUGCAGUGUGGGAACAUUGUAAAGGAGGAGUGGGUAGAAAUCCAAGCUCGGAUCAAGCUGUCGUUUGCACAGGUGUAUCAAGGUCAGAAAAGAUCAAAAGAAGCUUUGCCCUACUAUCAAAAGGCUUUGGAAUAUACUGAGACCGUCAAAGAUGAAAACAGUCUCGAGUGUGUACCAGUACUAAGGGAACUGGCAGGUGUGGAGCAAGCCCUGGGAUUCCACGAUGCUGCUGUCAAUCAUUUCUCGCGGGCACAUCUCAUCGUCCUGAGUAAAACACCUUCCCCAGAGGAGGCUGCAGACUCUGCACACUCUAUUGCCCGGGCUGCCGUUGCUUCUGGGAGGCAGGAGCUCUACGAUAUGGCCGAGCAGUAUUUCCAGGAAAGCAUGGCUCAUGUGAAGGAUUCCGAGGGAGCAGGAAGAGCCAAGUUCCUUUUGAUUCAAGACGACUUUUGCAAUUUUCUGCAAAUCACUGGACAAAAAGAAAGAGCGACCAUGAUCCUGAGAGAGUCCUUGGAAGCCAAAGUUGGAGUAUUUGGUGACUUCAGCCCCGAGGUGGCAGAAACAUACCGGUUCCUGGGCAGGGCAGACCUGGCACAGGGAAACCACAACGGAGCACACAUGAAACUAAAGAAGGGAAUUAGGGGCCAGGGAGAAGACCCUUCAAUCACCAAAGAGUGUGUUCAGAUUGAGACGUUCUUGUAUGGAUCGCAGGACAAGAGGACCCUGGCCACGCAGCAGACCAUAGACACACUGUCCAAGAUCUCUGAGGCUGCCCUGAAGCCGAAGCAAUCUCCAAAAGCCAAGGCAGCAUUCUGCACCAGCGUCCCUCAGUACACCGUGCCAGGCAAGGCCAAGCACAGUGUGGCAGACUGAGCCCCCCAUAUGCCCCAAAGAAAGCUCCGAGAAAGAUUUGCAUGCUGAACAACUCUGUGUCCAACUAGAAGGUGAAAUUUAGCAGUCGCUGCAGGUUUUUAAGGCUGUUUGCAACAGCAAUACCCUUGGCUUCCAUCUCUCAAGUGUGGACGCCCUUCAGGAUGACCUUUUGCUUUGGUUAUUUUUUUUUUGUCACUUUGAUAAUUUCUCUCACCAAGGAGAAUGACCCCCGUCAUCUCUACCAUGUCGGAAAGACUCUUCCGAAGUUGGAGCUUCCUUGCAGGAAAGAGACUGCCCCUGAUUGCAGGUAGAGCCCCUGCGCAGUCCAGAGCCGCCUCUGGGGGUAGCAAGACUGCACAAAGCCUUCCUUAGAGGAAAGUAAUAGGGACUGAGAAGAAAAUGCCAAUAAAGAGAAACUUGUGCUAUUGCCAAUUU